GCCGUGGGCGUUGGAUACCAUUCCGUAUCGAAGACGGGAAGAUAGCAAACCCGAAUAAACGAUAAACCGUCGUCCAAAUAGUUGACAGGCAGUAGUAUUAUUGUAAUCAUUGGACAGUAUCGAUUUGCUCCAUUUAGCACACCAACCACCUGGACAUACAUCGGUUGUCGUCAGAACAACUCCGAGUGGAACCAAACUUGCGUCAUCGACAUUAACAAAACAGCAAACAACAACAAACUACGAGAGCCAAGGUGUUUCAUAUACAUCCACUGCAUCAUUUUCAAAAUCUGGCAUGAACCACAUGAAACUUUUUGAACUCCGUUUAAUGAGAUAGAAUCGAAGUAGUUGUUGUAGGGUUGAAUUGAAUCGAAUUGAAUUGAGGCAGCACGAGGUUGCUUCACAAUCAAGAUGGCAGAAAGUAAGAAGGAAACAGGUGGAGAGGGUACGGUCAUAGAAGGAGUUUGCAACAGCAUUUCUCCACGAACACCGGAUUAUUGUCCCUUUUCGGUAGAAAUCGAGCCUUCCAACUCUCAGGGCUUGGAACACCUUCGCUUGUCCACAGUGAACAAGACAUGGACCCUAGCCAUGAAAACAACGGUUCCUUUUUCGUUGUCGCAGAAGGGUAGCAUACUUUCUCACGAUAGUGAAUACGAACUGAGCACUGCGGCGGAAGAGGAAUUUCCGCUCAACAAGAUGGAUCACGCUCUGGUAGAUUUAGACGUGCAGCAGGCCUUGAGCAACGAGCAACAUGCACCCCACGGAUUGGUUCCAGUUUCGAGCGAUUCGGAGAGCUCCUCGCGAGAUGAGAGUUUGGAUGCAGUUGAUGAUCAGGAAGAAGACGAAGGGAAUGCCAACGAAUGUUCCAUGUCCUUGCAUCGUAGUCCAGAUUCAUCAGAAGCUCCCUGUGUAUUGUCGGCUAGGCUGUCCAGGACGCCAACAAGAAAAGACAAGUACUCUAACGACCAGUGCAAUGAUACUCCGGGAGCAGUACCCUUGAAUCCCCUGAAUCACCUUCAGGUUUUGAAUCCGGGAGUACCUCAGGGUCACAGAACGCAACAGCGGCAUCACCUGAAGACUCCCCAACGGAAUCACCGUUCACUUCAAAACCAACCACAGGCGCAACCUGCAAACGGCAAUAGCACAACAAUAACGACUACGAACUCUUCUGGGGUGGCCACCGCCUCGGCCGCCGAUUGUAUCUACGAGUGCUUUGCCAUCGAAGAUUUUACGCAAUUCUUUUGUCCGUCUACCCCUAAGUCCGGAACCUUAGAUACCACCACAACGACUGGUGCAUGUCCGAGCCUCCCUACUAGUGCUUCGGCUGCCCCAAGUGGAAUGGGCUGCCUGCCGCCCUACAAUUACGACUUUGACAACCCAGUUCCUUCGUCUAAAGUAGCCUUCCCAUCGAUUCAGAGCUUUUGGCUGUCUCACCCAUCACUGCCACGCAGCCGCGGAGAGUCUGCCUUUGAUGCUAACCUCCCUCGAAAUCGUUCUUACGGUCCCCGGAAAAAACGCGUUCGGAAGCUGUUAGAUGUAUGGCACGGACCAGUGAAUCGGAACUAUGCGAUUCAAAGAUCCUUGGACGAUGCCUCACUCGAUUGCCGACGACAAAGUAGGCGCAAGCGGGCCUAUGCUUCGAAGUGGUGCUACGACAGCGAUCCGGAGAAUGAAGUAAUUGGGCGUAGGCAGCGAAGGGCCGCACUCUUGCUCACUGACAAUUGCCAGUCGUCCGCGCAGGCUUUGCAGCAUCAAUCCCUGAACGCAGAGGACUCACACCCACUAGAAGACAAGUUACAACCUCGCUAUCGAAAAUUUCGACCGUCUCCCUUCACGCAUCUCGAUACCGACGAAGAAUCCUGUACCGAGUCUGAUGUUGAGGAAACGUCGUACGAAAGUGCUGGUUGCGACAGCGAUAGCCAGAGCGACCCUCCACCCCCUCCACCUCGCACCCCUAGGAAUUCGGAUCCCAAAAUUUCCUUCUUGUUUCAAGGCGACACAAUGGAUGAAAGCGAGGUUGACGGUGACAUCGACGAUGGUGUUCACACGAAUUCCAAUUGUAAGACAAAGGAAGUAGAUGAAGAUUCGAAGAUUGUCGCCUUUGAUUUCGGAAAGACCAGCAAAAAGCUGUGUUCUGUUCCAUCAGGCCAUCGGCGUAACACUAGCUCAACGUCUCUGUCGACUACUGGACAUUCGCGGUUCCACACGAUACGACGUUCUGCGGAGGAUGCUCAAGAAGAAUGCUCAUCUGAGUCUUCGACGGAAUCAUUAUUUCUCGCUGGAUCGGCUGGUACCAGGUCAAAUCCCAAGUUAUCCGAGGUUCGUGAACACAAUCUCUUGCCUCAGUAUUUUAAGUCCCACCCAACCCACUGGACAGAAUUCCAUUUGCUAUUUUCGAGAAACGUUGACGAAGACUCUGUGAAAAGCCACGUCCACGAGCUGUCCAACGUGAAAUUUCCCCUCGUUUGGCAUCCCGCAGCGGAUUCCGGGAGCUACAAUAGGACCACGAAGGCCGCAUCGUCCACGGGUAAGUCGUCCGGUAGUACAAUUCCGUCAACGACUAUUUCCUGUCCGACGGCGAAGAAGAUUGCUUCCCUCUCCAGUAAUGGAGAUGACACCGGCAACGGCAAGUGUGGCGGCAAGAACAACACGAAAUUUCCGAUUGCGGUUGACGGAGCCUUUGAAGUCGGUUCCCACUUGGAACAUAUGGUUGUGCAACCAAAAUUUACCUGGACGCCCCUCGCCCAGCCUCACUUGGAGGAGGAAGAAGAUGCACACGAUCCCACCUACUGCAAAAAUAGUCGCGAGCUCUUUCUCUCGGAAUCUGCACCACCCCAGGUCGAACUUCUAUCGAUCAUUCGGGUCAACAAGGCCUGUGCGUACAAUCACUGGGACCGAAAUCGCUACCCAUACGCCAGACUCGAUCGAACGUGUGUUGUGAGCACCAACGACAAGAAUCAUUCUACCAUAGUGCUUGAGGCAAGGUGUCCACAAGAGAGGGACUGGCUUGUUUUUUCCUUGAAGCUGAUUGUGGCCCGACUUGCAUCGAUCAUCAUCACGCGCGACGAGGAUAUGCUUCACGAAUUCUUUUCACCCUACUCGGCGUUGAUGCAGCUUGAAGACGAGGAUGAGGCUCAGCAGGGAGACGAGGGGGUUCGUUCAACGCAGCUGGAACACCAGGAAGGUUGCAGCGACUCUGUAAUACCCAGGAAAGCCGAUGCCACCCAAUGUGCUGUUUCUCCGAUGGGAGGAGAACCGUGCUCGGGGAACGCAGUUUCGGUGAUCGAUGACGGAAGCGGUAGCUAUGUUUAUACCCAUCCGCAUGAACAAAUCGUUGGUGGAGAGGAAUCUGGCUCCGUGCUCCUAGAAGACAGCGAUGGCAUUAUCACAUUCGAUGACGAUGAUGACGCCAUUAGUAAUGAAAGUGACGAGAACGACGAUGGGUUCUUUCAGGACCGUGAUGAUCAAGAUCAAGAAGACUCGGUUCGAGCCCGCAAUUCGGGUGCUUAUGCUAUCUUGAGACGAUCGUUGACAGCCACUGGUGCGCUUGUUGACCAUGAAGAAAACCAUCACGAGGAUGAAAUGGUACGAACCCUUUCCUAUUGAUUGAUUGAUUACCAAAACAAGAAGUCGGCUCCGAUGAAACAUUCUGAAAAUUCAAAGCGCUAACAAAAUCCCAAAUAGAUCACAUUACAAGUGUAUAUUACUUUACGUGGCUCUCGGCACCAUGACCCUAACUAGCAGGGUGAUAUGCAUUGAGUCGAGCAAAACGCGCAACAACAAUGUUUGCGAGCUAACCACAACCAAAAAGAUGAUUAAAUAAUAGAAGAAAAAGUAAAAUACGUAUCAUAAG